UUGUGGAACCCGCACUGUCCAAGACACUGGUUACGACGUCUGAAAACACCACAAUAGUCAUUCGGAAAACUCCGUUCGUCAUGUGGAUGCCUAUUGACACGCAGACACAUCCAAACUACGAAAUAACGUACGUGAUACAGAUCUUACUCCUUGUUACCGUUGUCCAGGCGGCAGUCAUAGUCGAUCUUUUUUUCGCCUCCUUAAUGAUCAAUAUAACAGCCGAUGUAGCUAUACUGAAUAAUAACAUCGCAAACAUGCGACUGCAUAAAGAAAAUGGAGUUGUGAAGAAGUCGGCGGAAGAAGUCAAGAUGUCUGGUGCAUGGGAAGUCACGUAUAAGACGAAAAAGUCACUAGCAGAGAAAGGUGAACCGUACGACGAGAUCGCACCAACGACCACACCAUAUAUCACCGAUCCCAGCGCGCAACUGUACAGAACGUUAGCGAAGAAUAUUCAGCACCAUCAAGUCAUAAUGUCAAUCAUCAACGACUUGGAAUCUAUCAUGAGCGAAUCGAGUGUCCUCAUGCUGGCCGUAAAUUCAAUAAACAUCUGCCUACAAGGUCUUGGAUUUGUAGACGCUUUCCGUCCUGGCGCGAAGAGGACACUUGUUCUGAAGAAAGUGCUGACUUUCCCAGCGUACAUCAACCAGACCGCCCACUUCUGCUGGUACGGCCAGGAAAUCAUAGACCAGAGCGAGCGGCUGCUGGAGUCCGCCUUCAGCUGCGGCUGGGCGGACGCUGACCAGCGUUUCUGCAGUUCACUGCGCAUCUUCAUGCUGCAGGCGUCGCGCCCGCUUAAGCUGCAGAUAGGCAAGAUAUUCACGCUCUCCAGAAACCUCUUCAUGCAGAUUUUGAAUACAUCGUACACGAUCUUCAACAUGAUGAUCAAUUUCUAAAGAAGAAAUGAGCGCUUCUAAUGCUUCAACUUCAGACCUCUGUUAUUUCAACAAUGAUCAAUAUGAAUUACUGCACACAAAGAAGUGCCACUUUUUAUAUUGCACACAGAUGAAUGCAUCUCCUUAUCGAAUCAGUUUCAUCUAGGAAAACUGUAACGUUGAUUACUCUAAAAGUCUGCGUUGUCAAUACGAAAAAGCAAUGUUUUGAUCCAACACAUUUUGAGAGAAGUACAAGUGAUCUAAGUCACGAUUUCACAUGUAUAGAGAAUGGAGAAACAGAAUAAGUGUAUUAUUAUUUGUUCUAGAGAACGCAGCAAGUACUGAAAACAACACAUGAAUAAACUAUUACAAAAACAAACAACGGAAAAUCCAGUAUGGAAUGUAACAAUACGAGAGCCAAAGCUAUGAUUGUGUGAAUCUUUUUAUUGUGCCUAUCGCGACUCAGCAUCUCCGCUGUAUGGCGAGUAGCAACUUUCCUUCUCUGGUAUUGUUACAAAAACAGUUCCAUGUUGACAAGAUGCAAGACAGAAAAUGAUUUAUAAGAUGCACGCACACUGACACU